AUGCUCCGUCACGGUAGGCCAAGGUGGGCCAGGCGCGCAUGGUCCGGUCCAAGUGAGGGGAAGAGACGCUUCGGCAUGGCAGUGGCAGCUGCCAAGCUGGUCGAUAAAAAAACCUACUACUUGGUAUAUAAGCUUCCACUGUGUGGACCGCCACCCAGCGCUUCUACAUCGCAUCGCCAUGUCGGAUCAGGUAGAACAGCUGCAGCCAAGUGUUACAGAAGUGAAGAGAGAGGAGCUGUCUUCGCCCUUUCGACUCCCCACGCGAGACCUGGACGAUGUGGCACUCCCUCCCAUGCAGCCGAUGGUGUCCAAUGCUCAGCACAGGGGCCAGACCCGGCUGAAGUUGCCGGUGAUGGAACCCAAACACGAUCCCUUUCCAGCUCGCUCCCAAGACACUCCAUUUGUCCUGCCGCGUUCUUACAAGCCUCCUGGCCCCCUGCCUUUGUCUAUCCCUUUCUCGGUGCUGGGCGAGAGCAAACAACAACCAAAGGUUCUGCCAAAGAUUCGAUAUGAGCUUCCGCCACCCACCUACGCUCCGGAAUCUGAGACUCUCCGCCACCGUGUCUCACAGCAGCAGCAGCUAUACACCAGUCCUCCAAAGGGAGAUGUUCGCAAUAAGGAAUGCAGCAACAAGCGUCGUCGUCACAGCAGGGCGAAGGAUGAGGAAGACAGUCAUAUUAACAGUUGUCGUGCCACCGAGCAGCAGCUACAGUACCAAAGAAACCUGCAGCAGCAUCAGCGACAGCUUGUCUGCACCCUGAUAGGAGAAGUGGUGACGAUUGAAAACUACGGCUCUAUCCAGUCAAGUGACCUCGUCAGAGACAUCGAGAGGGCCGUGGCUGCCGGAUGCAAGGUAAAGAUCAACAAUUACGGGACCAUCAAGUGAAGCCCGGCCGGUUCAACCUCCCACGAAGGAACGCUCCGCAGGGCACCGGCCUCAUCAUUCCUCUCGACCCUUCUUUAUCCGUCUCUUCUAGGUUACAGGAAUACCACUGAUACUCCAAACACUGACUCUCUCCACGACCAUCAGAACAGUCACAAAUCCAAGCCGAUUAUUUUCAAUCAUCUCUACUGCGGACCUCACAUUUACCAUGUUGACCCAAUUAAGAAAUACAAGUAGGCGAUUCAACGCUUCUUGAGAGCGGCAAAGCGCUUCUCGAGAUCGUCCAAUCG